AUGGGGCAACUAUCUCAACUAGGGCUACUUGAUCUUUCAUCAAACAAGCUUGAAGGAGAGAUUCCAAGUGCACUAGGCAAUCUACAAAAAUUGUUCAACCUGAGCCUCGCAGACAAUUUGUUGCAUGGAAGCAUUCCAAAGGAAAUUGGAUCAAUGUCCAAUCUGGAGUUGCUGGAUUUGUCAUCAAAUAACCUAAAUGGUUCGCUACAAGAUUCAGUUGAGCAUUGUUGGAAGCUUCGCCUUUUGAAGUUGAAUCACAAUAAUUUUAAAGGAAACAUCCCUGCCGAGCUAGAGCUCUUGCGGAAUUUACAAGACAUAUUGGAUUUAAGUGAUAAUUCAUUUACUGGAGAAAUACCAAGCCAACUUAGUGGUCUGAUCAUGCUCGGUACUCUGAAUCUGUCACACAAUGAACUUAAUGGCUCCAUCCCGUCUUCAUUCCAGAGUAUGAAAAGCUUGACAUCCGUUGAUUUGUCCUACAAUGAAUUGGAAGGGACAGUCCCGGAUAUGAAGAAGAUACACAUGAUAGAAGACGAGUCUUGUGUGAACGAGCUAAUCUUCAAUCGUGAAAUUGAGGCAUUGGUGCAAAUUCGUCAUCGUAACAUUGUAAAACUAUUUGGGUAUUGUUCCUCUAGCCAAGGCAGGUUCCUCAUCUCUGAAUAUAUGGAGCGAGGAGACUUGGGAAAAACACUGAAGGACAAUGAAAAGGCAAUUGAAUUGGAUUGGAGAAGGCGGUUACAUAUUGUGUUGGAUGUGAUUCAUGCUUUGUCGUACAUGCACCAUGAUUGUUCAUCACCAAUAGUCCAUAGAGAUAUAACAAGCAACAACAUUUUGCUUGAUCUAGAAUUCAGAGCUUGCAUCUCUGACUUUGGUACGGCUAAAAUACUCAACAUUUAUGGCCAAAAUCUCACAAGGCUUGCUGGGACGAAAGGCUAUCUUGCACCAGAGCUAGCAUAUACAGAAAAUGUGACGGAGAAAUGUGACGUAUACAGCUUCGGAGUGCUUGUUUUGGAGCUAUUUAUGGGAUCUCAUCCAGGCGAUUUCCUCUCAUCCCUGUCAUUGGCCACCAAGAACAAUGGCGUGUGCCUGCUAGAUCUACUGGACCCCAGGCUUGUGAUUCCAGAUGCCGAGACUGCUAGAGAAAUAUACCGCAUUCUCAGUGUUGCAGUUCAGUGCCUAGAGCCGAAUCCAUCACAUAGGCCAACGGCACGACGCGCGAGCGACGAGCUAUCUACGAUUAAAGGUGGUGAAGGUCAGGUUGAUUUUUUGCAGGCUGGCAUCACCUUUCCGGCGCUGUAGUGCCUAUGGCUAUGAGGAUGAAAUAGUAUCAUGUGGUUUGGUCUCUACUACCUACCUAGCUACUUGGUCAAAAAGUGUUGUUUUA